CUCAAUCUCACUGAGACUCAGGUAAAGAUUUGGUUUCAAAAUAGAAGAGCAAAAGAAAAGCGAUUAAAAGAAGCCGAGUUAGAGAAGCUGCGUUUGGCCGCCCGACCCUUCCCGGCGGCGGCCUUUGGGUUUGGUUUGCACGGCGGCGGACCGUUUGGUUUCAACGGCAAUAUGGGCUCUUCAGGUCCACCGCCCGCUCAUUUGAGUUCAGGCGCCGCUGGCUUUAUGCUCGCCGCCGCCCAAAGGGGUCCUCUCUUUAAUCACAUCGCAAACAUUGCCACUCCGUAUCCCAUCUACUCUUCCGGACCGAUCACAUCAUCGGCCGGCCCUCUGCUCACCAAUUCUGCACCUAAUAUGUCGACGUCUUGUCCUUAACUCUACUCAAC